CGCCUGAGUGGGUCAUCAGGAACCCAGCUGGCCAGUGAGUACUGCACUGCUGCAGCCCUGAGUCAAUCGUCAUCUCCACUUCCGUGCCUCGGAGGGAGGCGCUUUUUGGAUGCGGUGGUAUUGCGCCGACUCUUGGUUUCUUUAUAUUUGUCUGCUUCGUCUGCUGUUCUUUUGUUCUAUUCUUUACUUCUUCAAGAAUUUUCUCACUCUCUAUCAUAUUCCCACCCUCUACACUACACAUCAGUGAUACUUCAAAUCACCACAAUGUGCCAAUCCACCUGGCACGACUUCCUCCGAGGCCUCCCCAAAUGCGAACACCACGUCCACCUAGAAGGUUGCCUCACGCCGGACCUAAUCUUCCACCUAGCCUCAAAAAACAGCGUCCAACUCCCCCCAACCCCCGAAUACACCUCCAUCGAAACCCUGACCCACCGCUACGGCCACUUCACCUCCCUCGACGACUUCCUGCACUUCUACUUCAUCGGGAUGUCAGUCCUACAACACGAAUCCGACUUCGCCGACCUCGCCUGGGCCUAUUUCCAAAAAGCGCACGCAGAUGGCGUCCACCACGCCGAAGUGUUCUUCGACCCCCAAGUGCACCAGGACCGGGGGAUCGCGUACGAGACGAUCAUCGCGGGGUUCGUGGCGGGGUGUCAGCGCGCGGAGGCCGAAUUGGGUCUCUCGACGCGAUUGAUUCUCUGCUUUGUGAGACAUUUGUCGGUUGAGUCGGCGGAACGGACGUAUGCGAAGAUUCUGGAGAAUGGACAUUUUGAAUCGGACACGGUGCAUGGGUUGGGGUGGUCGUCGAGUGAGGUGGGGCCGCCGAAGGAUAUGUUCAGGGAGAUUUAUGCGUCCGCGAGAGAGAGGGGGGUUCGGUUGACGGCUCAUGCGGGUGAGGAGGGUGAUCCGACGUAUAUUAGUACGGCGUUGGAGUUGGGGGCGAGGCGCAUUGAUCAUGGGAUUCGGUUGGUGGAGGAUGAGGGGCUCAUGGAGAGGGUGGUUCGGGAGGGCAUUCUCUUGACGGUGUGUCCGUUGUCGAAUGUCCAGUUGAAGUGUGUCAAGGAGGUUAAGGAGGUGCCGAUUCGGAAGUUCCUGGAUGCUGGGGUCAAGUUCUCGAUUAAUAGUGAUGAUCCGGCGUAUUUUGGGGGGUAUAUUUUGGAUAAUUAUUGUGCGGUGCAGGAGGCGUUUGGGUUGAGUGUGGCGGAGUGGAGGGUCAUUGCGGUGAAUAGUGUGAGUGAGAGUUGGAUUGAGGAGGAGAGGAAGUUGGAGUUGUUGGAGCGGAUUGAGGAGCAUGUGUGUGGGUUUGCGGAGUUGGUUUGAGGUGGUUAUACUACGGCAGUUAGAUGAGGGUCAUGUUAUAUGUAAUGAGUAGAUGAUAGAUAUAUAUCCUGGAGAGUGAUGACUGCAUUUGAUGUUUGAUGUUUGAAUUUACUGGGGAUAUUCUCAGGUGCAGUGUCAUAUGUGCAGAUUGGCUACUGUUUAUUUGG